AUGCCAGUACCAACUGCUGAAAAAUGGAAAACAAUAGCUGACAGAUUUCAUGAUCUGUGGAAUCUCUCAAACUGUAUAGGUGCUAUAGAUGGGAAACACAUUAGAAUAAAAAAGAUUCCGAAAUCUGAAUCAUCUAAUUUUAAUUAUAAAUCGUACCACUCUCUGGUACUUAUGGCGAGUUGUGAUGCAGAUGGUAUAUUUACAACAAUUGAUGUUGGUCAGGCAGGGAGAAAUAGUGACGGUGGAGUUUUUAGAGCUUGUCGUUUAGGCCGAUGGUUAGAUAUAAAUGGUCUUGAUAUACCAACAGGCAUCAAAUUACCUCACGACCAAGGGGAUAUACAAAUGUUUCCAUACUAUUUUAUCGUGGAUGAAGCAUUUCCUCUUAAGUCCUAUUUGAUGAGGCCUUAUCCAAGAAGAGUACUUGAUAACAAAAAGAGAAUUUUUAAUUAUAGAUUAAGUAGAGGAAGAAAAACAAUCGAAUGUGCUUUUGGGAUGAUGGCUAGUAAAUUUAAGGUACUAAGUACACCAAUUUUAUGCGUAAAUGAAGAAACAAUAAGCAGUAUUAUACGAUGUAUGUGUGUAUUACAUAAUUUUAUUCGGAUUAGAGAAGGUAGAGCUUAUAAACCGCAGUACCAUAAGGAAACUGAAAUGAAUAUGAAUAUUGGAAUGAAUUUGGAAUUAGAAAAUGAAAACAACAAUUUACCAACCAGAAAUUCGGCAUCCGGACUUAGAGAUUAUCUGUCUAACUACUUCAUACAACCACAAUCUGCAUUACCUUGGCAAUGGAAUUAUUGUACAUCGUAA